GUACAGGUGCAGAUGCAACCAAAUCCGCAAGGGCAACUGAAUUUACCAGAGCAAAUAAUAAUAAAAACACCCACCCGACUUUACCUCAACUGUUCGAGCACCCAAUACUUUGUUAUCUCGUAUACGUCAUGCUCAAGCUUAAAGGUGUCUAUGAAGAGAUCCCCAAUAACAUCAUCGACGAAACAGUGGAUGAGACGAUCAAAAACUAUAAUCAGAAAGAUAAUAAUUCCACAUUAAAAUUCAAGUCAAAGAAGGAUCUCGCGCAUACGAUCGCAAAAUUUUUCGAGAAUUGGAAUCACUUCUAUGUGUCAGACCUACGACCUUUACAUUUCGAACCCCAACGAAAACAUAACAAAUGGCCAUUUAAAAAAAUCAAUUGUAAUUGCAAGGUUACCUAUCGUCGAAAAACAAACGAUUGGACCCUAUCAUGGGUCCAUGAAAGACCAAAACAGAACAGGGAAGCUCAUGAAAAGUUCGUAGCCAUUGACCCUGGGGUGCGAACCCCGUUCGUCACGUACCUACUGAAGGUUGGAAAGAAUGAUGCACAGAGAUUAGUUCGAUUAGGGUUACAUGCUGACAGGUGGUUAAGUUCCCAGAGAGAUAUUCUAAACAAUUCCACGUUGAAGCGAAAAAAAAGAAAGGUGAAGAAAUUUAGAUGGCGCGAUCGCGAGAAUCUUUCGAAAGAUCAAGAAUCUAC